UUAUAAAGAGGAACGGAUAAAAACACGCAUGUUAUUUUUAAACACCGUUGUAUCCAGUGUAUGAAUGAAUUGCUGAUCAUAAAUAUUUAUUUUCUGGUGGACUUGCUUUGUUUUCCUUCAUCGAAGGCAAAGAGGAUUGGAGAAAAAGUGGUCGCCAUGACGACAGACGAGGCCGAGAGGCAGCAGCGUAGGAACGUUCGCCCCAGUCCAGAUCAGGAUCGGGGCCCCGGCGGGCCCCCGGAUCAGCAGGACCAGUCGUCCCCGGAGGACCAGGUGCCGAGACCUCGCACGCGCGGCUCAGGGGGGCGCGGACUCUCUCGCCUCUUUUCCUCCUUCCGGAAGCAACGGUCACAGUGUUCUGAGGAGGAGCGAAACAGGCCAGGGGAGCAGUGGGAGACGAAGGAGCUGAAGGCCCCCAUCGCAGACCCAGAGCCGGAGCUCCGAGCAGAGGAGGACACCCCUCUCGACCUGCAGUCACUCAGCAGUGCAGAGAUACAGCUGGUCCACGGGGACCAGAAAGAAGACCAAGACACGGAGAAAGACUCUCUGGAGGAGGAGGAGGCCGGGAGGGGGUGUCAGGAGGACGAGGACGGGGAAGGAGGCCUCCAGGAUCAAGAAAGGAAGGAGGGAUCCAAGACACGGAAAGCUGGCCGCCAAGCGCACAACAUGCACUGCAAGGUCACCCUGCUCGACGACACUCAGUACGAGUGUGAGCUGGAGAAACACAGCAGAGGGCAGGAUCUCUUCAUGAAGGUGUGUGACCACAUGAAUCUGCUGGAGAAGGAUUACUAUGGGCUGGCGUUCUGGGAGUCACCCACCACGAAGACCUGGCUGGACUUCGCUAAGGAGAUACGCAAACAGACGCAAGGAAUUUGUGAGUUUACCUUCAAUGUGAAGUUUUAUCCACCUGAUCCAACUCAGCUGACAGAAGACAUCACCAGGUACUACCUGUGUCUGCAGCUACGCAAGGACAUCUUUAGUGGCCGGCUGCCAUGCUCCUUUGUGACACUGGCAGUGCUGGGCUCCUACGCGGUCCAGUCAGAGCUGGGUGAGUACGAUCCGGACCUGCACGGCCCUGACUACACUCGGCAGGUGCGGCUUGCCCCGCGCCCCAGCAGGGAGCUGGAGGAGAAGGUGAUGGAGCUACACCGCACCUACAAGUCAAUGAUCCCGUCACAGGCUGACAUCAUGUUUUUGGAAAAUGCUAAGAAACUAUCUAUGUAUGGACUGGACUUCCAUCCAGCUAAGGACCUUGAGGGUGUGGACAUCAUGCUGGGCGUCUGCUCCAGUGGCCUGAUGGUCUACAAGGAUAAGCUGCGAAUCAACCGCUUCCCUUGGCCAAAAGUCCUUAAGAUCUCUUACAAACGAAGCAACUUCUACAUAAAAGUGCGGCCCUCUGAGCUAGAGCACUAUGAGAGCACCAUUGGCUUCAAGCUGCCCAACUGCAAAGCCUCUAAGAGGCUCUGGAAAGUGUGUGUGGAGCACCAUACCUUCUUCAGACUCUCUUCUACAGAAGCAGCCACCACACCCCGGAGGUUCCUGGCCUUGGGCUCCAAGUUUCGUUACAGUGGGCGAACCCAGGCCCAGACACGUCAGGCUAGCUCCAUGAUUGACAGGCCUGCCCCCCUAUUCCAGCGCUCUGCAAGCAAGAGGGCAUCACGCAGCCUUGACGAAGGGCAGCUGCAGACGCAGGCAAAGAAGGAGGACAAUUGGUUUGAACUGCUGGACCGUGCCCCCAUAAAGACCGCCCCGCCCCCUCCAGUGGGGUCUCUUGGUGUGCAGCCGGGGGUCUUCUCCUCUGCCCAGGUAAGGCUAAGGAGAGUGGAACGCCACCCAUACAAACGGGUUGGCUGGGUGAUGGGCGACCCAGAAGCAGUACCCACGUUAGACCCCGCAUUCCGGCUGGAGGAGUCCACACAGGAACUGCAGGAUCAGGUGGAGGUGCCGAGGAUGACACAGUCAGUCGCUGACUGGAUGCUUACGUUGCCAAACCUCAGAGAAUCAGAAGACUGGUUUAUUUUGCUGGACUACAUCCUCCAAAGUCCAGCAGUGGUGAAGACUCCAGAUCGGAAUGCCCGUCCUGUCAGCGCCCCCAUCAUGUCUCCAGUGUCGCCAGUCUCCCUUGGGGAGAAAGCCACGUCGCCGUCAACCCCACGUGCUGAUCACUGGGUAGCUCCUACCCCCAGCCGUCGCCCCAACCGCCUGGAGGACAGACGGGCAGAGAUGAGGAAGGGAUACCACACGGCAGAGUCCCCCAAAGCAGAGCUGCUGCGAGAGGCCAAGCCACAAGCAAUGUCACGACGCGAGAGGAGAGAGACCCCCAAGACCGCAGCUCCCAUGAGGGAGACCCCAGCCCAGCAGCUGCCAAGGCCCGAGACGGAACCAGUGCGCAUGAGAAAGAAAAGAGCUAAGAAAAUAGAGGGUGAAACUAUUUAUAUCCGCCAUAGCAAUUUAAUGUUGGAGGAUGUGGACAAGACGCAGGGCGAGCUGAUGAGACACCACGCCAGCAUCAGCGAGCUGAAGCGCAGCUUCAUGGAGGCCAUGCCGGAGCAGCGGCCCAGCGAGUGGGACAAGCGCCUGUCCAGUCAGUCGCCCUUCCGUUCCAUCACCAUCAACGGGCAGCUGCAGCCGAGUGCCAAUGGGGUGAAGACCUCCAGCCUCCUGCCGGCUGGCACAGCAGUGGCAGGUGUAGCUGUUGCACAGUCACCCCUGGUGAAGAAGAUGCAAACUGUCACCAUCUCCGACAUCACCAACAACAUCCGUGGUGAUGCCACAACAAAGGAAGUCCCUAUUGUGCACACAGAGACCAGGACCAUCACCUAUGAAUCACCACAGACAGGAGAUAAUGUUCUGGACCGAGACGGCGGUAUUCUGCUGAGUGCCCAGACAAUUAGCUCCGACACGGUCUGCACCACAACCACCACCCAGAUCACCAAGACGGUGAAAGGUGGCAUCUCAGAGACGCGCAUCGAGAAGAGGAUCGUCAUCACUGGAGACAUGGAGAUCGACCAUGACAAAGCUCUCGCUCAGGCCAUAAAGGAGGCGAAGGAGCAGCACCCAGACAUGUCCGUCACCAGGGUGGUGGUGCACCAGGAGACCGAGAUCACCCCAGACACCACAUCUCAGUUGUAGACCAGCAGCCCCAGACAGAGGACACGCUACCACCCAGCGGACCAAUCUGCCUCCCUUCUCCAGUCCUUGAGACACACCAGAAACACCAGCAAAAAUCCAUGGGUGGGAAGAUCUCAGCAGUGUGUCAUGUCGCGUUACCUGCCUGCCUUCUGCGAACACUGCCAUGACAUGGAUCCUAACCUUCAGCCUCUUGAUUCCACCAGCUCCCUCUCCAGGACAAAUGCUACAGCUUUUCUUUCUAUUUUGGGAAAUUUUCUAUGUGUCAAAUGGGUUUUGGUGUGAUGAUUUUGUGAUAGUGGGACUUUUUCCAAAGACAUUUUUAAUAGCUGAAAUUUGGCAAAACACCAGAGAGAAACACCAAAAACAUUCCAGAUUGUAUUAACUGAUGUGUGUAGAAGCAUUUUAUUUUCCAUUUUAAUUUUUUUCUAACUGAGCAAAAAGUUUUGUGAAUUAUUCAGAACUGGAGAUCGGUCCUCUUGAUAUUUGUUCAUGAAGUUGUAGUGGUGUUUAUAAAGACGUAGUUGUAUUUUUAAAGAUGUUUUAGUGUAGUUUUUCACAACAUCACGAAACAAGAAAGAGUAGCGAGGCUGUACUUUCACGUCUCUACCACACGGGGGUAGUGUGUGUUCAUUAGACACAGAGAUGUCCAGCAUUCUGGAAUGUUACAUGGAAAAAAAAUUCUAACUCGGCCUAAAUCCAACAAGCGCAUAAAUGGCUAAAUGAUUUUUCCUGUCCUCAUAAAGGAAGCGUGCUCCGCAGCCUUAUUCACAGAGCAACAUUAUUACAGCAAUAGAAUAUAGAUAACCGUCUGGAUCAUGCUGCCAGACUUUCCUGUCAACAGCAACUACAGCCAUAGCUCUUUGAUUCAGAUGAGAAAAACAGAGCUGUUUAUAUCAGUCUAACUGUGAAUUCCUUGUCUAGCCAGUGGUGAAGAACACUUAGUCAUACAGACUACAUGAGAUUGAACAGCCAGAUUCUGUUUUCCUGGGAACAGAUUUUGGGAGUAUAGCACAUAUAUUUUUGGUCUAUUUUAAAUAUGACACUUUUAUAGGAAUUUGUACAGAUAUCUGAUUUUAAUUAUUCGAGUGUGCUUUUCACUGAACAAGUCAGUCGAGGAGAGCAGGUGCUGAACCUCACUGCAUUUCAAGGUUCCUGUUCCCGGGUCCCUCUUUCGUAGUUUGCGGACGUGUGCGUAGAACGGAUGAAACUCAGUUGUGUUUUAUUGAGGGAAAGCGUCUGGUCAAGUAUCUUUCAAGCCGAUUUCAUGUGAAGGAGUAUGUUUUGCACCACAUUCAGUCCAGGCGAAGAGGAUGUACGACAAUACGGCCCAAAUGGCGCCACAGACUCUACACGAGGGAGGCAGACUCUACACGAGGGAGGCAGACUCUACACGAGGGAGGAAGCCUAUAUGGUGCGGUAUAUGACAGGGAGACCAGAAGGGCACCUUACAGUGCUAUUUGAGGAAGCGUGUUUUUAGUGCUGUAGACCACAUCUUUGAUGAUGUUGGGACGCCAUGAAUGUUGAGUCCUGUCUAUAAAUACAGAACGCCGUAGACAGGCCGUGGAGAGUCACAGCAGCCAUCGUAGCUAAUUCUGUUUUCCCGACAAAUCACUGUAUAUUCCUUCCCAGUAUCUUUCUGAUCCUUGUUAGUGCUCACAAAGGCAUUGUCCUUCUCUCAAGGGACACUUUGGCGUUGGUUAUACGGGCUCAUUUUGAAUGUUGUGGACAUACCGAUGUAUUUCCUAUGAUGUGUUUCCAUGUAUUCUGUCAGUAUUCAUUUCACAAUGUGUUUUAGUGGGGAAAAAUAUUGCUGUAUUCCUUACACGCCUUUGCUUUUUCUGUUAUUCCCGAAGGUGUUUGUGAGCAUGUCAGCACUGCUCAGUUCUCCUCUGUUAGUUGGACAUGUUUCAAAGCAGUUUUUUUUUAAAUAGUUUGUUUAUUAAGCAAGAGCAGAAGUGAAAAUGGAUGGGUACUGAAAGGCCAGUGGUAAAUACCAGAGUACAGAAUGAAUAUUGAGGAGGCAGCUAUGAUCAGAGGAGUACUUAAGUACUCACGGACCAAAUACUAUUAAAUGACAAUGGAAUGGCGGUUUGCACAGUGGUUAGCACUGUUGCCUCACACCUCUGGGAUCAGCAUUUGAGUCUCUAUCAUGGCUCCAUGUGUGUAGUUUGCAUGUUCUCUGUGUGUUGUUAUGGAAUUUCCUCCGGGUACUCCGGU